AAUUCUGGUCCAACCCACCUUCCCUCAACCACUGGUCAUCUUCUCCGAACUCAACCGCCGCCCACUGCGACUGGCUGGAGAUCACCUGCACUGCCGGCUCAGUACCAAGGGGGAAGGGGGGGCGGGGUUCCUGUUUGAACAAAAUUGCACUGGUGUACCAAGUCUAGUAUAGAAUCUCUCUUAUAAAAAUUAGCCGUUUGAUUUCACACUUCCUUGCCGCUUCCCCUCCCCCAAUUCAACCCCGCCGGAAAAAAAUGGCCUUGCACCUUCUCUUUCUCCUCCUUUCAUUGGCCUUCCAUGCAAACGCCCAGCCUCCUGCUGCUGGUUCAGAGCAAUCCAUUCUACUUGAACUGAAGCAAUUCUGGUCCAACCCACCUUCCCUCAACCACUGGUCAUCUUCUCCGAACUCAACCGCCGCCCACUGCGACUGGCCGGAGAUCACCUGCACUGCCGGCUCAGUCACCGGACUUGCACUUGGCCACAAAAGCAUCACUGGUCCAUUCCCGCCGUUCAUCUGCGACCUUAGAAACCUCGUCGCCAUUGAUCUCCAGGACAAUAACAUCCUCGGAAAGUUCCCAACAGCUCUCUACAGCUGCUCCAGCCUGGAAAUUCUCGACCUUUCACAAAACUACUUCGUCGGAGAAAUACCAAGCGACGUCGACCGACUGUCGCCUCUGCUUCGGUCGUUCAACGUCGGCGGUAACAACUUCACAACUAUUCCGCCGGCGAUAGGAAGGUUCCCGGAGCUGAGAAUUCUCCAGCUUUUUCAAGACGAGUUCAACGGCUCUUUCCCGCCGGAAAUUGGCAACCUGUCUAACCUUGAAUAUUUGGAGAUGUCUUUCAAUCAUUUUGAGCCGAUGGCGGUGCCUUCGAGCUUUACGCAGUUGAAGAAACUGAAGCAACUGCGGAUUAGAGAUGCCAGAUUGAUCGGAAAAAUCCCGGAAACAAUAUGGAAUUUGACUGCUUUAGAGAUCCUCGACCUGUCAAUCAAUGGCUUGACCGGUACCAUUCCAAGCGGUGUAUUUCAGUUGAAGAACUUAUCUACAAUUUAUCUGUUCAGAAAUCAGUUGUCUGGUGAGAUUCCUCGGUCAAUUCAAUGUCCAAAUUUGAAGAUAAUUGAUUUCUCUCAAAACAACUUGACGGGAACAAUACCCCAAGGUUUUGGAAAGCUGACAAAGUUGACCGAAUUAGGUUUGUUUAUGAAUCAAUUUUCGGGUGAAGUACCUGAAAGAAUUGGCCGGAUCCAGUCGCUGACACUUUUUAAGUUGUUCGACAAUAACUUCUCAGGAGUACUACCACCUGAGCUCGGGCGGUACUCGAAGCUCAACCUGUUUCAUGUCUCAAGCAACCAAUUCUCCGGCCAGUUGCCAGAGUUCUUGUGUGCUAAUGGUGCACUGACCACUGCAUUUGCUUUUGGCAACACUCUCUCCGGCGAGCUGCCAAAAUCACUUGGUGAUUGUAGGACCCUGCUCUCCCUGAGGGUUCAUGGCAAUAGACUUUCCGGUAGCAUUCCACCUGGUUUGUGGACAUCACCCUCUCUGACAACAUUGACGCUUCAAGAAAAUUCAUUUUCCGGUCAUCUUCCAGACAAAUUGGGGUCGAAUUUAUCGCGACUGGAGAUCAGUAACAACCGCUUUUCCGGUGAAAUCCCGGCUGGGAUUUCAUCCUGGUACAAUUUGACCUUCUUCAAUGCAAGCAACAACCUCUUCACUGGCUUAAUUCCUCAAGGAUUGACGGCUCUUUCUAAUCUGAACACUCUGUUGCUUGACGGCAAUCAACUUUCUGGGCGUCUUCCAACAGAUAUGGUCUCAUGGAAAUCUCUAAAUGCCUUAAAUCUCGGCGGAAACCAUCUCUCAGGCCCAAUUCCUGCCGAAAUUGGCUCUUUGCCCACCCUCACUGGUCUGGACUUGUCAAGGAAUCAGUUUUUCGGCCAAAUCCCACCUGAGAUUGGCAACUUGAGGCUAAAUUCACUCAAUCUAUCCUCCAAUCACCUCACAGGGAGGAUCCCAGUUGAGUUUGAAAAUGCAAUUUUUGACAAGAGCUUCUUGAACAAUCCCGGUCUUUGUGCAAGUAAUCCAUCAUUUGGGUUACAAGUCUGCUCUUUGGGAUCUCAAAACUCGAGCAAAAUAUCCACUCUGCUCCUGGUAGUAAUUGUCAGUAUAGCGGUGCUCGUGUUCGUGUUAGCUACGAUCUCCGUGAUCUUCGGGGUCAGAAGAAGUAUUCGUCGAAAAAGAGAGCCUGGAUUGGAUUCAACAUGGAAGUUCACUCAAUUCCAAACAUUGAACUUCAAAGAAUCUGAUAUCUUACCAGGUCUAACAGAAGCUAAUGUGAUCGGUUCCGGAAGGUUUGGGAAAGUGUUUCGAGUUGAGUUGAACGGUUCAGGCAAGGACGUUGCUGUCAAGAGGAUGAUGAAUGCCAGAAAGCUGGAGAAAGAAUUCCUAGCAGAGGUUAAGAUACUGAGCACAAUCCGCCAUUCUAACAUAGUUAAACUCCAGUGCUGCAUUUCGAACGAGACUACAAAGCUUCUUGUCUACGAGUUCUUGGAAUGCCACAGCUUGGAUCGUUGGCUCCACCGGAAGAAGUGGCAGUCUCGGAUGUCAGGUCCUGUUCAGCGCAUCACCUUGGACUGGCCGAAGCGAUUUCAGAUUGCGGUAGGGACUGCUCGGGGACUAAGCUAUAUGCACCAUGAUUGCUCACCUCCAGUGAUUCAUAGAGAUUUGAAGUCAAGCAAUAUCCUGUUAGAUGCUGAGUUCAAUCCAAAAAUUGCAGAUUUUGGUCUAGCCAAGCUACUUUUCAAGCAUGGAGAGCCCAAUACCAUCUCAGUUGUGGCUGGCUCAGUUGGGUACCUAGCACCAGAGUAUGCUCGUACGGUGAGAGUGACCGAGAAGGUUGAUGUCUACAGCUAUGGUGUGGUCCUCCUGGAACUGGUGACUGGAAGGGAAGCCAAGAACGAUGAUGAAGAUGCAUGCCUUGCCGAAUGGGCAUGGCACCAUAUUCAAAAAGGAAACCCAAUAGCUGAUGCCCUGGAUGAGGAGGUUAAGAAACCAUGUUACCUGGAGGAGAUGACCAAUGUCUUCAAGCUCGGGAUCAUGUGCACGAACAUGUUCCCCACGAGAAGGCCUAGCAUGAGAGAGGUAUUGCACAUUCUGAUUGACUGCAGCCACCAACGAGAAACAUUUGGAGACAAAAAUGGCGGGAGGGAGCGUGACGUCUCCCCUCUCCUCAAGAACUCGAGACACGAGAGAGUAUUGGAUGAAGAUGAUGGUGAUCUGGUUUCCAGUGUAUAGUGGUGGGAUAAAGCUUGAAUUUUUUUAACAAAAGGGCACCCAUAGUGCAUAAGACUUGUUGCUUUCUGAACAUCAUGGUGAACGAUCAUAGGAGAGGAGAAGCGGAGGACAAGAACGAGAAGACCUGGAGAGAGAGGGGAGAUGGAGGCAUCCGUGUUGACGGGAACGAUGGAGGCAAACGACGAUGGAGGCGGCUUUAAUGGUGGUGAAUAGCAAUGGAGGCGGCUGCGUUGGAGGCAGAUGCAAUAGCAGCGAACAAUGACUAGAAGAAGCGUAGUAGACGAGAGAGAGUGGGGGAAGGGGAUAGAGAGAGAAUGGGGGGAAAGAAGCUGGGCGACCGAAGAGAGUAGGUGAGGAAAAUGAAGCUAGGCGGAGUGGGGUAUUAAUUUUGAGCUAAAAAAUUAAAAUAUAUUUGUAAUUUAAAAUAAAGGUAGAUAUAUAAUUUUAAUUGAAUUGUCAACCAAGUUGUCGGCCAAAUUGGCUAUCUAGCAUUAUCAAUAGGAAAAAGAGUAAUGCUAUUUGGCGGUCCUCAGCGCCACCCUACACUAAAUUACCAAUGUACCCAUUGGUUGGAAUUACUAAAAUGGCCUUUAGCCAGAUUUCUUCUCUCUCUCUCUUUCUCUCACUUGCUCUCUCUCAUGCGACCUACAAGGAGAUUCGGCAAUCCGUCGCACGUCCUACAAGGAGGUAAGUCUCUCUCACAAUGAUUUUCAGCACACAUCCAUCAUCUAUACGUAUACACGCAUUAUUUGGCUUUGGUCGAAACUUUAAGCUUAGAUCUAUAGAUUUUCGGUCGUUGGAUCUUGCUAGUUUUUGGGUAUGUUGGUCGAUGGGCCCUUGGGUGUCGGGUGGUUUCCUCUGAUCGCCGGAAACCACCAACCAUAGUGGCUGGUGGCGACUAGCAAUGCAUUUUUAAGCUGUGGCCUAAAAUUAAAAAUUAGAUCUACAAAAAUCUAAUCAUUAAAUCUGACUCAUUUUUGUAUAUGUUAACCCCAUUGACUUUGUGUUUCUAAUGGUAGGCUCUGAUCGUAGGAAUCUUCGGCUUACGAUGGUCGCCAGCAGCCGUUGGUGGCAGCGGGCUGGUUGGGUUGUUUUUGUAUAUUUGUAUACAAAUUGAUGAUGGUUUUUGGGACCGACCACCACGUGUCACCUCUGCAGCUGGACCUCGAGAAUAGAAUCUCAGACUUAAUGAUGUCGGACCUCGGUGAUAGAAUCUGCAAGACAACGGAGUGGCGGGGCUAGGGUCCCCCGGGGUGGACUUCGACACUCAAAUUAGUAGAAUAAAUGCAAAUCGUAAUAAAUGUAAGAGAUAGAGAGCUUUUUAUACCUGAUGAGGACCCCGAUCAAGAUGGAACGGGUCUCGCAAUUCGGCCUAGAUCUUUUGGACUUCGUAUCGAAUUGUUGACUUGCCACGUAUCAGUCUCUCGAACAAUCUACGUGGCGAGCGAGGCCACUAGCGCGCAAGGAUAUUAUUGUAAUUUUAGACAGUGCCACAUCACAAAUAUAUAUUUGUAUAUUCCUAUUUUUGUGCUUUA